ACAUCGCACCACUCUCUGCUGUUCAUGGAAAUGAGCUCAGCAUGAUCUGUGUGUAGUUUCAUCCCAAGUGAAGAUGUCAAGGUAAACCCGGACCCGGUCUACUACACACAGCGUCUGGAUCUGCAGAGCAGGAAGGAUUGCGUGCCAAUUCUUCACACAGGUGGUAGCAGCCUGUACUCGCCCCCCGCCCCCCACCAUGGCCCAGCCGGACCCUCCUCCCAACGCCCGCAAGAAGCCGGUCCUGGGCGGUCUGCCCUCCCGCUUCGUGGUGGGCUCUGUGUCGGAGGAGAACUCUGAGGACGAGGCGGCGGGCCGGCCCGACGGGACCCAGGAGGGCAAGGAGACGCCGCGCUCCGCCUCCCCGGCCUCCUCCCUGGGCUCCGACAGCACCUACGAGACGGGCUUCGACAGCAGCGACAGCACCCUCAACAACCUCAGACCCAGCAUGUCGGGUCUCCACCUGGUGAAGCAGGGCCGGGACCGCAGGAGGAUCGACCUCCAGAGGGACUUCACGGUGGCCUCGCCCGCCGAGUUCGUCACGCGCUUCGGGGGGAACAAGGUCAUCGAGAAGGUUCUCAUCGCCAACAACGGUAUCGCCGCGGUCAAGUGCAUGCGGUCGAUCCGGCGCUGGGCCUACGAGAUGUUCCGCAACGAGCGAGCCAUCCGCUUCGUCGUCAUGGUGACCCCGGAGGACCUGAAGGCCAACGCAGAGUACAUAAAGAUCGCAGACCAUUACGUCCCCGUGCCCGGAGGGACGAACAACAACAACUACGCCAACGUAGAGCUCAUCCUGGACAUCGCCAAGCGCAUCCCCGUCCAGGCCGUGUGGGCCGGUUGGGGCCACGCGUCGGAGAACCCCAAACUACCCGAGCUGCUGCACAAGAACGGCAUCGCCUUCAUGGGUCCGCCCAGUCAGGCCAUGUGGGCGCUGGGAGACAAGAUCGCCUCGUCCAUCGUGGCGCAGACGGCGGGCAUCCCCACGCUGCCCUGGAGCGGCUCAGGGCUGACGGUGGAGUGGACGGAGGCUGAGCAGAAGAAGAAGCUCAUCAACGUGCCCUCAGACGUGUACGAGCAGGGCUGCAUCCCCGACGUGGAGGCCGGCCUCGAGGCUGCCGAGGUGGUGGGCUACCCUGUGAUGGUGAAGGCCUCCGAGGGCGGCGGAGGGAAGGGCAUCCGCAAGGUCAACUGCGCCGACGACUUCCCCAACCUCUUCAGACAGGUCCAGGCGGAGGUCCCCGGCUCGCCCAUCUUCGUGAUGCAGCUGGCGAAGCACGCGCGCCACCUGGAGGUGCAGAUCCUGGCCGACCAGUACGGGAACGCCAUCUCCCUGUUCGGGAGGGACUGCUCGGUGCAGCGGCGGCACCAGAAGAUCAUCGAGGAGGCGCCCGCCACCAUCGCCACCAGCGACGUCUUCGAGGACAUGGAGAAGUGUGCGGUGAAGCUGGCCAAGAUGGUGGGCUACGUGAGCGCGGGCACAGUGGAGUACCUCUACGGGAAGGACGGCAGCUUCUACUUCCUGGAGCUGAACCCCCGACUGCAGGUGGAGCACCCCUGUACCGAGAUGGUGGCCGACGUCAACCUGCCUGCCGCACAGCUGCAGAUCGCCAUGGGGAUCCCCCUCCACCGCAUGAAGGACAUCCGGAUGCUGUACGGGGUCCAUCCGUGGGGGGACUGCCUCAUCGACUUCGAGGGGCUGUCCACCGCCCCCUCCCCCCGCGGUCAUGUGAUCGCCGCCCGCAUCACCAGCGAAAACCCAGACGAGGGCUUCAAGCCCAGCUCGGGCACGGUGCAGGAGCUGAACUUCCGCAGCAACAAGAACGUGUGGGGCUACUUCAGUGUGGCGGCGGCCGGCGGGCUGCACGAGUUCGCCGACUCCCAGUUCGGACACUGCUUCUCCUGGGGGGAGAACCGCGAGGAGGCCAUCUCCAACAUGGUGGUGGCCCUCAAGGAGCUGUCCAUCAGAGGGGACUUCCGGACCACGGUGGAGUACCUCAUCAAGCUGCUGGAGACCGAGUGCUUCCAGUCCAACAGCAUCGACACAGGCUGGCUGGACCGCCUUAUCUCUGAGAAAAUGCAGGCUGAGCGACCCGACACCAUGCUGGGUAUCGUCAGCGGGGCUCUCCACGUGGCCGACGUCAAACUCCGGAACAGCGUCUCCAACUUCCUGCACUCCCUGGAGAGGGGCCAGGUCCUCCCCGCCCACACCCUGCUCAACACGGUGGGGGUGGAGCUGAUCUACGAGGGCACCAAGUACGCGCUGACGGUGACGCGGCAGUCGCCCAACUCCUACGUGGUGAUCAUGAACAGCUCGUCUGCCGAGGUGGACGUCCACCGGCUCAGCGACGGAGGGCUGCUGCUGUCCUACGACGGCAACAGCUACACCACCUAUAUGAAGGAGGAGGUGGACAGGUACCGCAUCACCAUCGGCAACAAGACGUGUGUGUUUGAGAAGGAGAACGACCCCACGCUGCUGCGCUCGCCGUCCGCCGGGAAGAUCAUGCAGUACACGGUGGAGGACGGGGGGCACGUGUUCUCAGGACAGUGCUACGCCGAGAUAGAGGUGAUGAAGAUGGUGAUGACCCUGACCGCGGCCGAGUCGGGGUGCAUCCACUACGUGAAGCGGACGGGGGCGGCGCUGGAGCCGGGCUGCGUCAUCGCCAAGCUGCAGCUGGACGACCCCAGCAGGGUGCAGCAGGCUGAGCUCCACACGGGGGUCCUGCCGGUGAUCCAGGCGGUGGCCCUGCGGGGGGAGAAGCUGCACCGCGUGUUCCACAGCACCCUGGACCACCUGCUGCACAUCAUGAACGGAUUCUGCCUCCCAGAGCCCUUCUUCAGCAUCAAGCUGAAGGAGUGGGUGGAGCGUCUGAUGAAGACCAUGCGGGACCCCUCCCUGCCGCUGCUGGAGCUGCAGGACAUCAUGACCAGCGUGUCGGGUCGCAUCCCGCCCGCCGUGGAGAAGGCCAUCAAGAAGGAGAUGGCCCAGUACGCCAGCAACAUCACCUCCGUGCUCUGCCAGUUCCCCUCCCAGCAGAUCGCCAACAUCCUGGACAGCCACGCUGCCACGCUCAACCGCAAGGCGGACCGGGAGGUGUUCUUCAUGAACACACAGAGCAUCGUGCAGACUGUGUCCAGGUACCGCAGUGCGAUCCGGGGCCACAUGAAGGCAGUGGUGAUGGACCUGCUCCGUCAGUACCUGAAGGUGGAGGUGCAGUUCCAGAACGGGCACUACGAUAAGUGCGUGUUCGCCCUGCGUGAGGAGAACAAGGGAGACAUGUCCAACGUGCUGAACUACAUCUUCUCCCACGCCCAGGUCACCAAGAAGAACCUGCUGGUCACCAUGCUCAUUGACCAGCUGUGCGGUCGCGACCCCACCCUGACUGACGAGCUGAUGGCCAUCCUGACGGAGCUCACCCAGCUCAGCAAGACCACCAACGCCAAGGUGGCGCUGCGAGCCCGCCAGGUGCUGAUCGCGUCCCACCUGCCGUCCUACGAGCUGCGCCACAACCAGGUGGAGUCCAUCUUCCUGUCCGCCAUCGACAUGUACGGCCACCAGUUCUGCAUCGAGAACCUCCAGAAACUCAUCCUGUCGGAGACGUCCAUCUUUGACGUGCUUCCCAACUUCUUACACAGCAACCAGGUGGUGAGGAUGGCAGCACUGGAGGUGUACGUGCGCAGGGCUUACAUCGCCUAUGAGCUCAACAGCGUUCAGCACCGGCAGCUCCGCGACAACACCUGCGUGGUGGAGUUCCAGUUCAUGCUACCCACCUCCCAUCCCAACAGAGGGAACAUCCCCACACUCAACAGGAUGUCCUUCUCCUCCAACCUGAACCACUACGGCAUGGUGCACAUGUCCAGUGUGAGCGACGUGCUGCUGGACAACUCCUUCACCCCGCCCUGCCAGCGUAUGGGCGCCAUGGUGGCCUUCCGCUCCUUCCAGGAGUUCACCAAGAACAUCGGAGACGUUCUGAGCUGCUUCUCGGACUCCCCGCCCCCCAGCCCCACCUUCCCCGAGGGGGGGAACCCGGUCCUGUACGGGGAGGACGACGUCAAGAGCAUCGUGGACGAGCCCAUCCACAUCCUGAAUGUGGCCAUCAAGACGGACAGCGACAUCGAGGACGACGGGCUGGCCGCCAUGUUCCGGGAGUUCACCCAGUCGAAGAAAUUGCUGCUGUUCGAGCACGGCAUCCGCAGGCUCACCUUCCUGGUGGCGCAGAAGGACUUCAGAAAGCAGGUCAACUGUGAGGUGGACCAGAGGUUCCAUAGAGAGUUUCCGAAGUUCUUCACGUUCCGAGCGAGAGACAAGUUCGAGGAGGACCGUAUCUACCGCCACCUGGAGCCUGCGCUGGCCUUCCAGCUGGAGCUGAACCGCAUGAGGAACUUCGCUCUGACGGCCAUCCCCUGCGCCAACCACAAGAUGCACCUGUACCUGGGCGCUGCGCGCGUGGAGCAGGGCAUCGAGGUCACCGACUACCGCUUCUUCGUCCGCGCCAUCAUCCGCCACUCGGACCUCGUCACCAAGGAGGCCUCCUUCGAGUACCUCCACAACGAGGCGGAGCGUCUGCUGCUGGAGGCCAUGGACGAGCUGGAGGUGGCCUUCAACAACACCACCGUCAGGACCGACUGCAACCACAUCUUCCUCAACUUCGUCCCCACCGUCAUCAUGGACCCCUCCAAGAUCGAGGAGUCUGUGCGCUCCAUGGUGAUGCGCUACGGCAGUCGUCUCUGGAAGCUGCGGGUGCUGCAGGCCGAGCUGAAGAUCAACAUCCGCCUGACGCCCACCGGCCACCAGAUCCCCAUCCGCCUCUUCCUCACCAACGAGUCGGGCUACUACCUGGACAUCAGCCUGUACAAGGAGGUCACCGACUCCAGGACGGGACAGAUCAUGUUCCAGGCCUACGGGGACAAGCAGGGCCCGCUGCACGGCAUGCUGAUCAACACGCCCUACGUCACCAAGGACCUGCUGCAGUCCAAGCGCUUCCAGGCCCAGAGCCUGGGCACCACCUACGUCUACGACUUCCCCGAGAUGUUCAGACAGGCCCUGAAGAAGCACUGGGCCUCCUGCAGUGCCUUCGCCGACCUGCCCAAGUGCCCUCUGCCCUCUGAGCUGCUGACCUUCACCGAGCUGGUUCUGGACCCCCAGGGCCAGCUGGUGCAGAUGAACAGGCUGCCCGGCGGCAACGAGAUCGGCAUGGUGGCGUGGCGGAUGACCAUGCGCACGCCGGAGUACCCGUCGGGCCGCGAGGUGGUCGUCAUCAGCAACGACAUCACGCACAAGAUCGGCUCCUUCGGGCCGCAGGAGGACGUCCUCUUCCUGCAGGCGUCGGAGAUGGCGCGCGCCGACGGCAUCCCGCGCGUCUACAUCGCCGCCAACAGCGGCGCCCGCAUCGGCCUGGCCGAGGAGAUCAGGCACAUGUUCCACGUGGCGUGGCAGGACCCCGCCGACCCCUACAAGGGCUUCAAGUACCUGUACCUGACCCCCCAGGACUACAAGAAGGUCUCAGCGCUGAACUCAGUGCAGUGUGAACACGUGGAGGACGAAGGGGAAUCCAGGUACAGGAUCACAGACAUCAUCGGUAAGGAGGAGGGUUUGGGGGUGGAGAACCUGAAGGGCUCCGGGAUGAUCGCUGGAGAGUCGUCCCUGGCCUACGACGAGAUCAUCACCAUGAACCUGGUGACGUGCCGGGCCAUUGGCAUCGGGGCGUACCUGGUGCGUCUGGGCCAGAGGACCAUCCAGGUGGACAACUCCCACAUCAUCCUGACCGGGGCAGGCGCGCUCAACAAGGUUCUGGGCAGCGAGGUUUACACGUCUAACAACCAGCUGGGGGGGAUCCAGAUCAUGCACAACAACGGGGUGACCCACUCCACCGUCUGUGAUGACUUCGAGGGCGUCUUCACCCUCCUGCAGUGGCUGUCCUACAUGCCCAAGACUAACGCCAGCCCGGGGCCCAUUCUCAGCGCCAAGGACCCCAUCGACCGGCUGAUCGAGUUCAUCCCCACCAAGGCCCCCUACGACCCCCGCUGGAUGCUGUCCGGACGCCCCAGUCAGUCCCCUAAGGGCUCCUGGCAGAGUGGUUUCUUCGACCAGGGCUCCUUCAUGGAGAUCAUGCAGCCGUGGGCCCAGAGCGUGGUGGUGGGCCGCGCCCGGUUGGGAGGAAUCCCUACCGGAGUGGUUGCCGUGGAGACCAGGUCUGUAGAGCUGACCAUCCCAGCUGAUCCGGCCAACCUGGACUCUGAGGCCAAGGUCAUCCAGCAGGCGGGCCAGGUGUGGUUCCCCGACUCGGCCUUCAAGACGGCCCAGGCCAUCAAGGACCUGAACCGCGAGGGCCUGCCCCUCAUGGUGUUCGCCAACUGGAGGGGCUUCUCCGGCGGCAUGAAGGACAUGUACGACCAGGUGCUGAAGUUCGGGGCGUACAUCGUGGACGGGCUGCGGGAGUACCGGCAGCCCGUGCUGGUGUACAUCCCCCCCCAGGCGGAGCUCCGCGGGGGGUCCUGGGUGGUCAUCGACCCCACCAUCAACCCCCGCCACAUGGAGAUGUACGCCGACAAGGACAGCCGGGGCGGCGUUCUGGAGGCCGAGGGCACGGUGGAGAUCAAGUUCAGGAGGAAGGACCUGGUGAAGACCAUGAGGAGGGUGGACCCCGUCUACACCGGCCUGUCCGAGCGACUCGGGACCCCCGAGCUGAACCCCGCCGAGAGGAAGGAGCUGGAGGGUAAGCUGAAGGAGCGCGAGGAGUUCCUGCUGCCCAUCUACCACCAGGUGGCGGUGCAGUUCGCCGACCUCCACGACACACCCGGCCGCAUGCAGGAGAAGGGCGUCAUCACGGACAUCCUGGAGUGGCCGACCUCGCGGCAGUUCUUCUACUGGCGUCUGCGGCGCCUCCUGCUGGAGGACACGGUGAAGGGCAAGAUCCACGCGGCCAACAACGAGCUUACCGACGGACAGGUGCAGGCCAUGCUACGGCGCUGGUUCGUCGAGGCAGAGGGCACCGUCAAGGCCUACCUGUGGGAUGAUAACGAGGAGGUGGUUGAUUGGCUGGAGAGGCAGCUGGCGGAGGAGGAGGGGGCGCGGUCUGUCGUCGACGAGAACAUCAAGUACAUCCGCAGAGACCACAUCCUCAAGCAGAUACGCAGCCUGGUCCAAGCCAACCCCGAGGUUGCCAUGGAUUCCAUCGUCCACAUGACCCAGCACAUCUCCCCCACGCAGCGGGCCGAGGUCGUACGCAUCCUGUCCACCAUGGAGACCUCGUCCUCCACCUAGAGGGGCCGAGAGACCCCCCCCCCUCUCCCUCCCUCUCCUCUCUCUCUUUCCUCCUCCCUCCCCUCCCCUCCCUCUCCUCUCUCUCUUUCCUCCUCCCUCCCCUCCCUCCUCCCAUCUCUGCCUCUUUGCUCCCCUCUCUCUCCUCCCCCUCCCCCUCCCCUCUCUAUCCUCUCUCUUCUCCCAUCUCUCCUCUCUCCAUCUCUGUCUCUCUCUCCCCACUCCUCCCAACUCUCCUCUCUUCAUCCUCUCUCCUCUCCCUCUUUCUCCUCCCGUCCCCCAGCCCCCCCCCCCCCCCCCACAUCGCCCCAGCCCCUCUCCCAACGACCACGACGCCCCCGCUGGAGUCUGGGGGUAAUUGGAGGAGCCAGCGCCACGGCCCCACGGCGCACGCCAGGGGUAGCCAUGAAGCCGCCGGCUAUGAUUCACACUUAUCUCCAGGGGGAGGGGGGGAGGGGGGGGAGGGAGGGGGCGGGGGAGGUGAAGGGAGGGAGAGUGUGGUGAAAUGACAGAUGUCAGUUUUAACACUUUUCUGUGUACAUUUCCGUUUGACAAUACGUAUGUGUGUGCGUUGGACCGUUAAGGUCUAGUUAAUAUGAGGGACAACAGGAAACCGUAGAGACCUAAACACUAGCGUGUGGCGCGUCACGUUUGGCGUGGUUUGACCCCGUUUACAUACGAUUUACGACUACGGCUCAGAAUUAGAAUCAUCCCGUUUUGUUCCUUAAUGUGGGCUGAGUUGACCACGGUGAGUUAAAGACGGGGGUUCUGGUACGUCGGGGUCGUCCCUAAACAAACCCCCGAACCUUGAUACUCUGACGGUACGUUUACUGGGGACGUCGGCUCCGUGAUUGGUCGACAACGGACCGACGACUUUACUGCAAAAAAUAAAGGAUUUGCACACCUUGUUCGGAUGCACUUAAUGAGGGUGCUCCGACAUGGGGUGCACAGUGGGGGGGGGGGGGGCCAAUGAAGGUAGGGGGCCGGUGGGGGGAGGGGGUAGGAGGUGGUGGAAAGGAGGUGGUUUGCUUUAAGAAAUGGACAGAGGACUCCCAGCAGGGAGUGGGGGACGGAGCAGCCCCCCCCCCUCCCACUAGCAGCAUUAGCGAGGUAGCACCCGCUGCACACGGAAUGGCAGCUGUCACUUCUGUCUUAGAAACACACACACACUCACACACACACUCUCACACACACAGUAACACACGUGUGACCCACAGCCCGCCACAGGAGCGUGCAGGCUGCUGUUGUUGCACUUUACUGCUCAUUGUUCCCUCGUCUGGCCUCCAACGUCAGCGCCACGGCGUGUGCGCACACACACACACACACACACACACACACACACACACACACACACACACACACGCACUCACUAACAUGCACUCGCAUGCAUGCACACUCACGUACACACUCACGUACACACACACACGCACACUAAAAAGCAAACACACACACGUAAUCACAUGCACACACACUCUCGCAUGCAAAAACACACCCUCAAACACACACACACAUUAACACGCAAACGUAUUCACAUUUACACACAGUCGCAUGCACACACAAUCACACACACUAACAUGCACACGCACAAACACUUACAGACACACACAAUCACACACAUUAACAUGCACACACACACACACACUUCCUCAGAGUUGUUAACUAGAAAGGAGUUUUUCAUGUGAAACAACUUGCAGAAACAUUCAGGCUAAGUUCUCAAAUGAUUGGGACUUGAUUCCAGAAACAGUCUUAAAAAAAGUCUUAAAAAGGUUCACUUUUUUGAGUUUAAUUUUCUCAAUGUUUUUGUGUCGUUUAUUUUUUUACUAAAAGUGACUCAAUUAUUGGUCCGCUUCGUCAGGUUUGCUGGACCAGUACACCUGGUUUGUACAACUUAACUGGUUCAUACUUUCUGAGUAAUU